AUGAACCUUGACAAGUUCAUGGCAUACUACGACACAACCAAUGUGUUCAGAGCCACUGCCCAGGUUAAUGCCGUCCAGAUCUAUCACCUGAGAGAUGCUACGCCGAAUUACCUCACUUCGGUCUGUGCCACAGUUCGCAACAUUGUGACCGAGAAGCCAAAAGGGAACAUCCUAGUGUUCAAUACCGCGGCGAAGGAGAUUGAAGAGAUAUGUGUGACGCUUCGAGACCUGAUCCCAGGCCUGCGGGUACUGCCAAUGUACUCGGCACUCCCGAAGCACCUCAGCGCCUCAAACGCGAGUCUGACGAUUCCUGGUAUUGUCUACGUUGUGGACACAGGCUUGCAGAAGCAAGCUGGCUACAACUCGCGCGUGGCGUACGACCAAGUGUGCCCCCUGAGCUCUCCUCCCGGAAGCCACACUACCGAGCUCACCCAGGUCGUUUUGCGACUAAAGUCGAUGGGGUUUGAUAAUCUCCAUGACUUUGAUUGGGUUGACCCCCCUCAUAUGGAGGACUACCUGCGGGCUAUUAGACAGCUCAAUAACAUGAGAUACAUCGACCAAGGCGGCAAGAUCACAGCCAACGGCAAAAGGGCCGCAAAGCUACCAGUCCAUUGCGUCUGGUAUAACGCUUUUUUUGCGGGAUUCAAACACAAUUGCCUCGACCAGAUCACCACCAUUGCUGCCUUACUGAGCACCCAAGAUGAUAUCCUCAUGCGGCCACACGUGGUCCGGUACGCCGCCGAUGUCAAACGCUCCUCGUUCGGCCAUCCAGCUUCUGACCAUAUCGCCCGUCUCAAUGCUAUGGCAUUUUAUGUCAAGGCACGCCUGCAGCUUGGUGGAAACCUGGCCGGCUGGUGUAACAAGUACAUGAUCAACCAGCGAGUUGCUGAACAGGUCCUCAAAACCCAAACCGAGUUGCUCAGCCACGUCAAGACGAACCUACUGGAUGGUAGAGACAUCCCAACUCUUGACGAUGACCACGAGGAGUUUGAUGCCAGGAUCCGAAAGUCACUCCUCGCAGGCUUCUUCUUCAACGUGGGCAUCCACCACAACAAAGACGGUUACAAGACUGUGCAUGACAACCACCAGGUAGCCCUUGAUCCUGAUGACUGCAAGGUGAGUAUGGAGUGGGAAUUGGUCAUCUACCACAGAAUGCAUUAUGCAGGUAUCCAAUACCCGCAAAUCUGCACGGCUGUCGAGCGAGAGUGGCUUGUUGAUCUUCCAUACUUUCACGACAGUCAACUUCCCGAGUCUCGCCAGGCAAUGCCGUAUUCCCUGACCAGAGCAGAGAGAUUUUCUCAAUAA